UUUCCUGGUUCGCCGGCGGCCAUUUUGGGUGGAAGCGAUAGCUGAGUGGUGGUGGCUGCUGAUUGUGUUCUAAGGGGACGGAGUGGGGUAAAGACGUUUGCUCUCCUGGAACAGCCUAUCUCAUUCCUCUCCUUCGACUACCCGUGGCGCGGAGAGUCAGGGCGGCGGCUGCAGCAGCAAGGGCGGCGGUGGCGGCGGCGGCAGCUGCAGUGACAUGUCCAGCAUGAAUCCCGAAUAUGAUUAUUUAUUCAAGUUACUUCUGAUUGGCGACUCUGGGGUUGGAAAGUCUUGCCUUCUUCUUAGGUUUGCAGAUGAUACAUAUACAGAAAGCUACAUCAGCACAAUUGGUGUGGAUUUCAAAAUAAGAACUAUAGAGUUAGAUGGGAAAACAAUCAAACUUCAAAUAUGGGACACAGCAGGCCAAGAAAGAUUUCGAACAAUCACCUCCAGUUACUACAGAGGAGCCCAUGGCAUCAUAGUUGUGUAUGACGUGACAGAUCAGGAGUCCUUCAAUAAUGUUAAACAGUGGCUGCAGGAAAUAGAUCGUUAUGCCAGUGAAAAUGUCAACAAGUUGUUGGUAGGGAACAAAUGUGAUCUGACCACAAAGAAAGUAGUAGACUACACCACAGCAAAGGAAUUUGCUGAUUCCCUUGGAAUUCCAUUUUUGGAAACCAGUGCUAAGAAUGCAACGAAUGUAGAACAGUCUUUCAUGACGAUGGCAGCUGAGAUUAAAAAGCGAAUGGGUCCUGGAGCAACAGCUGGUGGUGCCGAGAAGUCCAAUGUUAAAAUUCAGAGCACUCCGGUCAAGCAGUCAGGUGGAGGUUGCUGCUAAAAUUUGCCUCCGUCCUUUUCUCACAGCAAUGAAUUUGCAAUCUGAACCCAAGUGAAAAAACAAAAUUGCCUGAAUUGUACUGUAUGUAGCUGCACUACAACAGAUUCUUACCGUCUCCACAAAGGUCAGAGAUUGUAAAUGGUCAAUACUGACUUUUUUUUUAUUCCCUUGACUCAAGACAGCUAACUUCAUUUUCAGAACUGUUUUAAACCUUUGUGUGCUGGUUUAUAAAAUAAUGUGUGUAAUCCUUGUUGCUUUCCUGAUAUCAGACUGUUUCCCGUGGUUGGUUAGAAUAUAUUUUGUUUUGAUGUUUAUAUUGGCAUGUUUAGAUGUCAGGUUUAGUCUUCUGAAGAUGAAGUUCAGCCAUUUUGUAUCAAACAGCACAACCAGUGUCUGUCACUUUCCAUGCAUAAAGUUUAGUGAGAUGUUAUAUGUAAGAUCUGAUUUGCUAGUUCUUCCUUGUAGAGUUAUAAACGGAAAGAUUACACUAUCUGAUUAAUAGUUUCUUCAUACUCUGCAUAUAAUUUGUGGCUGCAGAAUAUUGUAAUU